AACGCCUCAAUAAAUCACACCUGAUCAACCAAAUCUAAGGCAUGUGUCGUAUUUAACAGUUUUAACAACAAAUCUACCUUAUGACACAAAAAAAUACCAAUUUACCACAUUUUUAAACAAAUAAAUCCAAACUUGUAAUUUUAAUGAGUCAAGAAGAGAAUGAAAAAAUCACAGUGGACCAACCAAACAUUGGUCACCCAUCAACAGAUCGGCACGAAACUAACACAACUGCACCAAAUAAUUAAAUCAGCCAAAUUUAAUUAACCAAACCCUAAAAAUGUGCCAUUGGCGCGCUUGUUAUCGCAUUGAUAAAUAAAUGCCCCACUGGCCGGCUGUAAUCUCCUGUCAAGUCCGCCUUAACCUUACAUUCCGCGAUGCCUCUUUAAGAUGCUUCCGUGUCCUGGCUGGUACUGCGGCCGCCAGUACCUCCCCAAUGGCAGUCUCAGCGAGUGCGGGUCGUGCCCCCGGGGCUUCCGGCGCAACGACACUACUUUUAUUUGCGAGCCGUGCACCGACAGCCCCACGUUCUACGACUGGCUUUAUUUGGGGUUUAUGGUGCUCCUGGUCCAGAUUCUGCACUGGUUUUUCAUCGACAUGGUGUCGAUGCGACGAAGCUUCAAAAAAGACGUCCUAAUUUUACACUUGACUGCGCUGGUGGAAGUGGUCAUUUCGGGGCUCUUGUCGGUGCUUUUCACGCACCCGUUCGGCGAGUUCCAGGUGCGGAACUGCAGAGUGCGCAGCUUGGCCGAUUGGUACACUUUGUUGCAUAAUCCGGCCCCGGAUUAUGAGAAGAGGGUGCAUUGUACCCAGGAGGCUGUGUAUCCCUUGUAUACGCUAGUUUUUAUUUUUUAUGCCCUGACUUUGAUUGUUAUGCUUUUGAUAAGGCCAUGGGUUUGCCGGAAAUACCUUCCAAGGCAGAGCAAAAUGUCGAUUUAUGCCGCCAUGUACUAUAUACCGAUUUUGGUGGUGGUCCAUGCCCUAAUUGGGGGACUUCUUUAUUAUGCGUUCCCAAUUUUGGUCGUUAUUUUGUCAGUUAUUUCGUGUGCUUAUCACUUUGCCCUCAAAAUCAACCAAUCGAUUCCCUCACUCAUCAUAACAACAGUUGUAGACCCGAGAAAUGUGGUAAUCUUAGUGGGCCAUUGGUGUUUACACGCCUAUGGUUUAAUUUCAAUAACUCAGCUUAGUGACCCGACUUUUCACUCAUUGUUGCUACUGUUGGUCCCACUGCCGGCUUUUUUUUACAUUUUCACGGCCAGGUUUACCGACCCGACAAUAUUUACGUAAUUUAUUUUUUAAUAAUAAUAAUAAACUAAAAACAGA